GGCCGAUUGACCAGAACGCCGUGCUAUCCGGCGAAGCAAAAAAAUAAUGGAGGAAAGAUAACUCUUACCAAAAAAUCCGGAAGUCGAUAUUAUGUCAAAACAAGAAAACGUGAAUACAAAUGUUUUAAUAGCCUUUUGACAGCCUAAAAAUAAAUUUAAAAGAAUGGAAAGCUAACAUUCUACAGAAUGAAAUUAGCUGUUUUACUCCCACGUAUAUGAGUUCAUUGAAUAUGAUUUAAAAUUCUUUAUCCAUUCAGUCUUCUAAUGGCUAAAGGCUUAGAUCAAAUAGUUGAGUAUGCUGAAUACCUGCUCCAGUGUUCUAAGCAGCAGCCAUCAAAACUUUUAAAAAGUAAACCUGGUGACACAAGCUCAAGUAAAAGUAAAUCUAUACACCAGAAAUUGUUAGAUUUAUAUAUAGAAGAAACAGAGCGACAGCCAGAUGGAAAGGAACUGGAUUAUUCUACACACCUACUGGCGAAGCUGGUUAAAAGAGACAAAUUAAAUACAUUAAUCCUUAAUCUAUACCCAGCUAAUGAGGGAUAUUCUAUUAUGGUAAAAACUAAAAAUGGUGUGGAAACAGAAACUAUUAAAUUACCAUAUGAGGAAUCUGAUUUACUGGAAUAUGUUGAUGAUGCACAGUUACCACCAUUUUUAGUAGAUUUGUUAGAAAAAGCACAUAUUAAUGUUUUCUAUAGUGGUUGUGUUGUUAUUGAAGUACGAGAUUAUCGUAGAUCAACAAGUGGAUCACAUGAUUCCCAGUAUGUCCUCCUCAGACCAACAUCUCAGUCAUUGCUUUGUGAUAUUAAUACCAUUAUUAGUGAGAAUAGUACCCUUACUCAUGAAGAUCAUUUUGCUCUUGAGAGUGAGUUGCUAUUGGCAACAGAGGAACCAUUAUGUCUGGACCCCUCACCUGCUGUUUGUCUUAUCAAUAAUAGAGUACAGUUUGAAGAGAAGAAAUUAUGUAAUCCUUCUUUAAAACGGUCUGUAAAGAAAUAUACUCAAGCUGCAGUCAACAGGAAACGAAAAUUAGCACAAGCUCCAGCACCUAAAGAACUUAAAUUAUUUGAUUUUAUAACCAGAAAAAAAGAAAAAAAUCGCAAUAAUCUUCCAGUCAAACAAAAUCUUAAAAUGGCCAAGUCGUGUGUUGAUGUAUGGAAACAGAAGAAUCCUGUUAAUUUAACAGCACCUUCAGUUUUAGAGGUUGAUAAAUUUACCAAAAUAUUAGAGAAAUUACCACCUGGUGUUGAAUAUCCUAAGGUGUUUGUAGAAGAACAUACAUUAGAACGAGAACCUAAUCAAGAGAAACAUAUGUUAGCUAAGAUAACUAUUAGUAAAAGAUCAUCAGAUGAGACGUAUUUCGGUGAACUGUAUUUAGAUUAUGAAUACAGUGUUAAUAAAGCUGAUGGUGGAUGUUCUUGUCAGUUUAUUUUAGGAUGUAGAGAUGAUGUUGAUAAAUAUUUAAAGCAGUUUGAACAAUUGUUUACUGAGGAAGGUCGUAGAUUGGUUAAGAUAACAAUACAGAAACCAAACUUACCACCUCAAAUAAACUAUACACAAACUCCACAAGGACUCAAUUCUACAAAUAUUUCUAUCGCCCAGGCCUUCUUAAAACAAGCCAAUCUUACUGCUACUCUUUCCUCACAGAAUCAAGGCGAGAGUGGUGGUAGUAAUAAUUUAUCAGUAAAACGUAGUAUGCCUAUACAGUUAUCAUUAUCUAUAGGUCAUCCUCUCGUAUCACAAGCUAAUAAUCUCAUCAAUCAACAAGCUAAUAUCACUUUACCUACAACAAUUCAACAAACACAGCUUGCUCAGCAGAUGCAACUUAUACAAGCACAAGCCAACCAAUCACAGAAACCCAAACAAACGGUUCAUCACACGCCAACUAGGAUACCGAGUGCAAAUAAAACACCAAAUGAUAGUCCAGCUACUACACCAACUCAUCAACCAGCAGGUUUUGGUGGAAUUUCAAUCACCCCACAAAAUCCACCAUCUCUUCAAAAAGCACCAACGCCUACAUUAACACCUCCACCUAAUUCCCGUACACCUACGCCAACGUCAUCUGGUAGUGGACGUAAAGUUAACGAGCAGACAACCAACCCUACAACAUCUAAUAUACCAGCCAUGAAUCUGACGACCUAUAUUCAAGGUCUUGUUUCAUCAGCACCAACUUUAUCUACUUCUUCUACACAAGCCAUACAUGCCGAAUCAGGACAAAAUGUGGGAACUAAUAUUAACAUUACAAAUAUUGGUGGAUUACCACAGAACUUUAAUAUCCAAGGUCUUGGACUAUCAGGAAUGAAUCUGGCAAAUUUACAAGGAUUACAGAACAUGCAGGUUUCAUUAACUGGUGUUCCUAGUGGUGCUAUAGCGGUGCCGAUAUCGAUGAUAAAUAAUAAUCCUUCCAUCUUACAGAAUCAGACCGGUUUAUUUGUAAGCUCCCUACCUACCUUAUCAACAUCUACAUCAUCAGCUGAACACACACCAGUUUCUACAAUUCCUUCAGUUUGUCAGAAUCCAUCGUCUGCUGUAACUACGUCAUCUGGUGUUGUUGUUUCUAUAGUAACAGGUCUACCCACAUCAUCAACUACAUCAGCCAUAUCAUCAACAACAGUUUCACCACAAGUCAUUAUGUCUACAGGACUCACUUCCAACCCUACAACAGUUCUACCACAGUCAUCUAGCAUGUUGUCGCUGCCGAUUGGACUCACACAGUUUAUGCCUGUUGGCUCUAAAGGUCAAGCGAGUACGGGACUUCGGGCGUCUGCAUCAUUGCCACUGCUACAGCUACCAGGCCAACAAUCUAUACAACAUUUAAUCCUGCCACAGCAGAGAGCUCAACUCAAAAAUCCUGUAAGUCAAGGUCAUCUGAACGUUGGUAGAGGUCAAACCACAUCUGGUACAUCAGCAGUUCCUAUAUCUACAGUUUUAACUCAGAGUCAAGUAGCAGCACUUUCUUCACUCAAGCACGGACAAGCUACACAAGGUACUAUCACAGCUCAACAAUUUAUGCAACUAACUGGUCAAUCAGGUGCCACCAUACAGCAAUCACCACAGCAUCCUACCACACAGCUAACAUUUCAAAAACCUCAACAAAAUCAGCCAUUACAGUUUCAUCAUUUACAAGUCAAACCCAAUACAACCAUACCAACACAAAAUGUCAAACCAAAAACAAAGAAAAGAACGACACCAACUCCGCCGAAAUAAUGUAGAACAUUUUCUGUAGAUCGUGUAUCCGAUAGUCUCUAUCAUCCAGAAAAAUAUUCUACGAAUAUUAGUCUGGAUGCGUUGUCAACAUUUGAGAAUAAUAGGUCAUUGACUAGAUUAAAUGGUCUUUUACAUUAUCAUAAACAAAGUCUAAGGGAGGUAACUAGUCCUAAACAAAGAUGUUGAUGCCCAUGAAAUUAAUUUAAAAAUGCCAUUAAUUUGAUUGCAUUGUCAGUUCAGUAUCCAUCACUCUUAAUUUUAUUUUUUUUGUAAAAUUUCUCUUCAUGGGCCAUAUCUAUGUUUUUUAAUUAACCCUAACUCUUUGUCACGAUUCAUGUUUGUUUAUAAUAAUGCAAGAAUUGUGAGAUUUAUUGUGGGAAGGGGCGCAAAUCUUAUUUGACUUGGCGAAAAAUACUGGAUGGGCAUGGGCAAUAAAACUUUUCGUCAAAUAUUGACAACGGUCCCAGACUCUCCGUACCGAUUUAAUUCUCUCAAUCUUAUGAAUGGUGACAUUCUGAGAAACCUAUGCCAUGUGAAUACAAUCAUAUCUCGAUCAUCAAGUCCAUAACUGAAACAAGUUUCCAUGUGUGAUUGUGUCAUAAUUUUAGUUAAUCCUUGGGAUGGUGAAUAGAACCAAUCUGAUUAAAACAGAGAUCCUAUUUUAUUCCAUUUUUUAUUAUUCUGGUUGAAGUUAGGGAUUAGCCAAUGAAACGGUCUGUUACUGCGAGUUCUUGAUGUACGAUCCACGGAACUGUGGGUAAACCACUAGAAAUGUCAACGUUGAUUGUUUAAUCAAAGCCUGACGCCAUAGGGUCAAAAGCCCCUGACACGACCUUACACUACAACCAGUCAGAACUUCAUGUAGUGUAGGCCAUCAAAAGUAUAAAAAAAACGAAACAAAAUAUAGAUCUGUAUUGUAAUCAGAUUGAUUCAGAAUGUUCUGGCUCAAAACUCAGAAUCAAGAAAUCCCCAUCUUCGCUGAUUUGGUAUCAUGAAUUGUUUGAAUCUGAUUAAAUUGAGGCAGUGGUGAUUUUAAAGGAGCUAAAUCGCUAAUAUUUGGGACUUAGAAAUUGACACAAAUGGUUCGCACCUCAUAUAAUAAUGUAAUAUGAAUGUAUAUAAACUGAUUUACAUUCAGUCAUUUCUGUUUUUACUCUAAUUUAUAAUCAGUUAUGUUCGGUGAAAUGCACCUAAGUCUGAAUUAAAUGACAAUCUUUAGCGUCUGGUUAUUCCAGUCUACACCGAUGGUAUUUAUUGCGCAUGCUCUCCAGAUAAGAAUAUAGCGUCACCAUUUGACAUGACUUGUGUAAUAUAUGUCUAGCCUUGGUCUUUGAGUCCCUUGUUCCAAAUGGUGCUAAAAUGCAUUAUGGUACACGAUUCGUGUACCAAUGGUAAAAUGUUUAUUUUGUCUUGAAUAUUGGAUAUCAGAAGCCCAUCUUUUCCCUGUAAGAUCACAAGACCAAUGUUGAUUUGAAUUGACAAAUAAUUCGUGUUUUCUACUUUAAAUAGGCAAUUACAUUUUGUUUUUCCCUUUUAUAGAUACAUGAAUAUUGAUAGAAUAUAGCAUGUCUUCCAUUUGAUUGAGGCAGGUCAAACAUUCAAUGAAUGGGGUUUAUCAUCCUACGUAAGGCCUAAUGAAGACAGCCAUAUGCCAUACAAUGUGCUAUGACUACUAUGAGGGAAAUUUGUACGCAGGACCUCGGUUUUUCAUCCCAUUGGAUCGACUAGGCACUGUCCGUGUCAGGCCCUCCGUCCUGGAUCACUGACACCGGAAAAUCCUGAAGAACUAUCUCGGUCAACACCGGGAUGGAACCCAGGACCUCUAGGUUAGCGAGCCAACAUCUUACUCACUGAUUGAGAAAUUAUUUGUUUUUUUAAUCAAAAUAUUUAUCAGUAAAAGUUGAUAAAUAUUUUCUGUUCCUGAGUGCCCAUAUAACACAAAGUAUUUAUUUAACAAAUAAAUGAAAAUAUUUAAAUCAUUGAAGCUGCUAUGUGUUACUUAAUAAAAAGUCAUUUCCAUAGAAAUUUAAUGGAGUUAUUAGAUAUAUAGUCAUAAUAUACAAUAAUGUUUUUUUACGUAUACAGUAAAUAAAUGUAUUUGAUGUUUUGAUGAAUAGAUUGAUGUGUUUAUUUAAUGACAAGGAUUCUGUAUGACAUGUAAUAAACUAUUAUAUUUUUGAAAUGUUAAAGAUUAUGUGUGAAUUAAUUGUAAAUAAUGUUUUAAUAAUAAUGUUAGUAUGUAGACUAUACAUACAUACUUAGAUUAUCACUUCUUUUGUAUAAAUAAUUAUAUCAUUUCUGAUCAUUUUACCUAUUUUAUCUAGUAAAUAAUGAUAUUAUUUUAGUUCACUAUGUAUAUAUAUAUAUAUAUUAUGUUUUUUAUUGUAUAAAGAGUUAUUCAUUAAAUGGCAUUUAGUAAUUGGAAUAGAAUCAAAUAACUCAGUAAUUAUGGAUAACAAUUACUAUGGUUUAUUUCACUGUGAUGUUUCAACAAGAUUUCACAAGUCGUUAUCAAGCAUGUACACAAAUAGAUAAAUAAAGGAGAAAGAUAUGAAUAUAUAUAUACAAACAUCAGUGCGAACUAUCCAGUGGAAUGCUAGGAUACAAAACCAUAGUAAUUGUUAUUCCAUAAAAGUGUCUUAUUUGAUUAUAAAGAGUCAUAACAAACCAUAAUACGCAAAACUACCAGUCAAUAACAUCAUGUCUCUAUACAUUUUGGAAUUGCGCAGAAUAAUUUUGUUUGUUUUUUUGUAGCUUCCAUGUUCAUUAUUUCUCAGACAAAAUGGAAAAUUCUUAAUCCAUAUUGAAUUUUCCAUGCUGGAAAAGCACUAAAGUAUUGAAAUACAAGUCAUAAAACACAUGUAAAGGAAACACAUUUUUAUAUGCCCACAUUGAAAUAUGGUUGUAUAUUUUCUUUGCCCUGUAGGUCCAUCCUUCAGUCCGUCCGACACAUUAAGUUCUUGAGAAGAAGAAACCUAUUGAUAUUUAACGAUUUCAAUUAAAUACUGUUAGAGUUAUGGCCCUUGAUCAAUUUGAAAAGUUUUGUGGACUCUCUAGUGGCUAUGGUUAUCAGACAAUUUACUGAAAUUUAUACAAAGGGUUUAUUAUGUUCAUUCAGUCAAAAAUCCUAUUGAUUUUCAACAAUAGUUACGAGCAGAUAUAUGGCCCUUCACAAUAUGAAAACUCUUGUGGACGACUUGGCUACUGUGGGCUUAUAUGCCCACAUUGAAAUAUGGUUGUAUAUUGUCUUUGCCCCGUAGGUCCAUCCUUCAGUCCGUCCGACACAUUAAGUUCUUGAGAAGAAGAAACCUAUUGAUUUUUAACGAUUUCAAUUAAAUACUGUUAGAGUUAUGGCCCUUGAUCAAUUUGAAAAGUUUUGUGGACUCUCUAGUGGCUAUGGUUAUCAGACAAUUUACUGAAAUUUAUACAAAGGGUUUAUUAUGUCAAUAAGUCAAAAAGCCUAUUGAUUUUCAACAAUAGUUACAAGCAGAUAUAUGGCCCUUUAUAAUAUGAAAACUCUUGUGGACGACUUGGCUACUGUGGGCUUAUGAUUCAUUUUCAAAUAAUAAUAAUCUUUAUUCAGAUCUUACAAUGAGACAUGUGAAUACAUUUUGGUUUAUACUUGUACAGAAAAGAAUAAAGAAACAUAUCUA